AUGCACACGGAUGUCGUGCUUUUCAACCUGCUUGUGUGGAUGGUCGGUGUGUCCGGGUCGACGAGUCCGAGAGGAAAUCCAUUACAGCCAUACAGAUACCUCAGAUCAAAAAGAGAAAUGCCUCUAACAGAAGGAUCUGGACGGAAGAUUGGCAGCCCGAUAUUCAAGAGGAGUCCAGAUAUAACAAAAACCUGGGGUACCAAGUCAGAGCAGCUGCUGAGGAUAGAUGACCAUGACUUUACAAUGCGCCCAGGAUUUGGAGGGCCUGCAGUCCCAGUUGGAGUGGAUGUUCAGGUUGAAAGCCUGGAUGCAAUUUCAGAGGUUGAUAUGGACUUCACCAUGACCCUUUAUCUGAGGCACUACUGGAAAGAUGAGCGUCUGUCCUUCAAAAGCAAUAACAACCAGAGCAUGACUUUUGAUGGCCGCCUGGUGAAGAAAAUCUGGGUACCCGACAUGUUUUUUGUCCACUCUAAGAAGUCCUUCACACAUGACACUACCACUGACAAUGUCAUGCUGCGAGUUUACCCCGAUGGCAAAGUCCUCUACAGCCUGAGGGUGACAGUCACAGCCAUGUGUAGCAUGGACCUGAGCCGCUUUCCUCUGGAUACGCAAACAUGCUCUUUGGAGAUAGAGAGCUAUGCCUACACAGAUGAUGACCUGAUGCUGUACUGGAAGGAAGGAAACCGCUCCUUGAACACAGAUGAGAGAAUUUCUCUCUCUCAGUUCCUCAUCCAGGAGUUCCACACCACCACCAAGCUGGCCUUUUAUAGCAGCACAGGUUGGUACAACCGUCUGUACAUCAACUUCACUCUGCGGCGUCACAUCUUCUUUUUCCUGCUGCAGACCUACUUCCCUGCUACUCUGAUGGUCAUGUUGUCCUGGGUGUCUUUCUGGAUUGAUCGCAGGGCCGUCCCUGCCAGAGUGCCACUGGGUAUAACCACAGUGCUCACCAUGUCCACCAUCAUCACUGGAGUCAAUGCCUCCAUGCCCAGGGUCUCCUACAUCAAAGCUGUGGACAUUUACCUCUGGGUCAGUUUUGUCUUUGUCUUCUUGUCAGUGAUAGAGUACGCUGCAGUCAACUACCUGUCUACACUACAAGAACGCAAGGAGAGGAAACUCAGAGAGAGGCUGCUGUGUACCUGUGGUAUGACCCACCCUGGCAUGAUGUCACUCAGCUACAGUGAGGUGGAUGUCAACACAACAGGGAACUAUGGCAUGCCAGAAGAGAAUGGAGUGAAAAGGGAGAGGAUGCUAGUGCAGUUGGCAAUGGGGACUGACCAGGUCACUGGCCAUGUUGGCACCAGUGCCUACAGCAAUGUGUGGAUUGACACGCAUGCUAUAGACAAGUACUCCCGUGUUAUUUUUCCUGGAUCUUACAUCUUCUUCAACAUCAUCUACUGGUCUAUCUACUCGUAG